UCACCCAGUCAUCACCCACCUCAUCCAUCCAUCCACCACGCAGCAGCCGUUCACCUCACCACCUCGCGCGGCGACGAGACGAGACGAACCAAAUGGAAACCCGAAGCGCACAAUCCGUGACCUCUGCCCCUGCCCAUAGCUAACCCUAAACCCCCAAAUCGAAUCCCCCACCUUCCCCGCAAAUCUCCCAACCCCCCCCCCCCCUUCCCUCUCGCCGCCGUCGCCGUCGCCGCCCGGCGCCUAGAUAUAUGUAUUAACUGUUCUAAGCAACACAACUAUUUCUCGUCAAGGAUCUUGGGAGUUUUUGAAAUAGUUGCAUAAUGGAGUUGUCAAAUCAAGGGCAGACACCCAUGUCAACUAACAUGGGUUCUCAACCAUUGCCUUCUUCAAAUAUUCAACCUAAUCAGGCUGAGUAUCCGUCUAUGUUUUAUCCAUCUUUGCCUGCUGACUGGGGUGCACAGCCAAUGUUUUCUAUGGGAGCUUCUGUUCCAAUUAGUUCGUAUUUUAUUGUUCCUAUGAGUCAACAAUCGGUCCAAAUUGGUGCUUCUAGGCCAGAGACUCCGCGUUCUUCAGGGGCACAUUCUCUAAGCAGAGUAUCAUUGAGGCCACCCCAGCAAGUGCUAAGUAUUCGAACAUCUUUGCCAACAAUGGUUGGAUCACAACACUCUCCUGCUGGCAAGAAACUGCAACCGACAAUUGCUUCUCCAAAGGUUCAAAUACUGAAAUCUACACAGUCACAGUCAUCGAACAAACGUUCUGCACAGAAGGAGACACCAUCAAAGGUUCAAACUCAGCAAUUGGAAUCUGUGAGAUCAAAGUUCAGGGAGUCACUUUCUGCUGCUCUGAGAACAGAUUCUGAUCAGAGUAAGAAUCAAUCUUCUGAUGUGCAGCCUGAUGGGUCUGCAGACCAAAAGAAAGAGAUGGAUGUAGAUGCAGAUCAAGUGGCCACCACAUCCCAAGGCAUGAGUGCAGCCAAGUCGGAAGUAUUGACAAGUGUUGGUGCUGAGAGGCGUGCUGAAGAUGAGAAGUUAAACAGUGAUUUAGUUUCGAACAUAGCCACACCAUUAAACGCGGACAUCCAGCAACAACCAGAGAAUGCUUCUUUACAAGAUGAAAUGUUGGGACAAUAUACAGUUGUUGCUGAUGAACUCUUGCAAGGUCAUGGACUUUGUUGGGUUUCUGACUUUGAUGCUGGGGUUCCUGAACCUGCCACACAACCUAAUUUAAAAAGGUCCAGGGCUUCUGACAUUGACCCUGUUGUUGCAGACACUCUCUCAGAAUCUGAGUCCAAAAGAAUGAAGUCUGCCAAUGAUGAGGAAGCGAUAGAUAAGGAUAGCAUUAUUCAGAAGGCAGAUGAUUUAGCAGUUAGGGUUGAAGAGGAGCUGUUCAAACUAUUUGGUGGAGUUAAUAAGAAGUAUAAGGAGAAAGGUAGAUCUCUUCUAUUUAAUCUAAAAGAUAAAAGUAAUCCUGAGUUAAGAGAGAGGGUAUUGUCUGGAGAUAUUACACCUGAUCGCCUCUGUUCAAUGACUGCGGAGGAACUUGCUUCCAAGGAGCUAUCGGAGUGGCGGUUAGCUAAAGCUGAAGAACUAGCACAAAUGGUUGUCCUUCCUAGUACCGAGGUUGAUGUUAGACGUUUGGUUAGGAAAACACACAAAGGAGAAUUUCAAGUUGAAGUAGAAGAAACAGAUGGUAUCUCAGUGGAGGUUGAGCUUGGAGGUAAUCUUCUUACUCAAGUUCCAUCAAAAGCCCCUGAAGAUCAGACCAAAUCAGACGAUAAAGAAAGUACAGAUGAUAAAACAGGCAUACAAGACAAUGACAAGGCACCUGAUGGGACUUCACAAGAUGAAGAUAAUGGGGCAGGCAAGAACGAUCCACAAGAUGAUUUAGAAUAUGUUGAUAAUGAGAAAAGUGACCUUAUGCAAGAACUUAUGGUGGAUGACUUGAAAGACACUGAAAACCUUCCACCGAUCCCUUCACUAGAUGAAUUCAUGCAAGGUUUAGAUUCUGAACCACCUUUUGAAAAUCUCUCAGCUGGGACGCCAGAAGAAGAUUCAGAUGAUCGAGACGAAGCUGACACUACUGCAGAAUCUGCGGAACUUCCUGAGGAAGAAGUUAAAGUUUCUGCAGCAGAGAAGAUUGUAUCUGAAGCUGACCUGCCAUCUUCGCAGGAUAAAUCUGAGUCCAAGUUAGAGUCACCCAAAGAUGAGGUGGGUUCAAAUUUGGGCCCUGUUGAGCAGCGUGAAGGAAAGCUGAUAAAAUCCUCCCCAGAUAGUGUUGAAGUCAAACAAACAACUACUGAAAAUGUGCUGAAUCGUGACUCUACUGUGCAUAAUAUGGCAACUACUCUUCCUAUGAUACGUGAAAGUAUAUGGGAGGGUGCAAUUCAACUUACCAUGUCUUCGCUCACAAAUGUCGUUGCCAUCUUCAAAAGUGGUGAAAAGCCACCAGUAAAAGAAUGGCGGAGCUUUGUUGAAAUCAAGGGGAGAGUCAAACUUAGUGCCUUUCAAGAGUUUGUUGAACAGCUUCCCAAAUCUAGGAGCCGUGCUAUAAUGGUAACUGAGUUGUGUUGGAAGGAAGGUUCUCAUGAGAGUGGUCGCCAACAUCUCUUGCAGACAAUUGACUCGUAUAUUUCAGAUGAAAGAGUAGGGUUAGCUGAACCUGCAGAUGGAAUAGAGCUGUACCUGUGCCCUUCUCAAGGGAAAACUGUGGAGAUUCUCUCUCGGCACCUGCCAAAGGAGCAUUUGGAGAGUCUUGCUGUGUCAGCAUCCUCCAUCAUCGGGGUCAUCGUCUGGCGGAGGCCCAACGUUCCCAGGAUGCCGGCACACCCUAGGCAUGAUGGUUCCCGGAGGCCGUCGAUUUUAAAGAAACCGCAGGUUACUGGUUCUACUCCAGGCCCUAGGCCCUCCCUGCCUAUGAGCUCGCACGGCGCGCCGCCGGGUUUUCCAGUUCAGCGUCACCGCCACGAGGAAGAUGUAACUGAUGAUGUCCCUCCGGGCUUUGGCCCUGGUGUUGCUAGGGAUGAAGACGAUCUUCCUGAAUUUAAUUUUGUUAACUCGUCCAAUCCUGCUGCUAAUGUAACAACCACCCAGGCCUACAAGGGCCGGCAGCAUGUACCCCUUACCUCUGCUCGCCCGGUAGAGCAAAUGAGGGAACUGGUUCAGAAGUAUGGUAAAAGAUCAUCUGUUCAGGCUCGUCCUUGGGAUGAUGAUGACGACGAUGAUAUACCAGAAUGGAACCCCAACCAGCUUGUCACCCAACAACAGCCAACAAGGCAGCUCCCAGUUCCACCCACACCACAGCAACCGCUGCCUCCACCACCACCACCGCCCUCGCUUCAGCAAUUGCAUCAUCCCUACCAGCAUCAGCAGCAGCAGCAGCAGCAGCUUUACCACCACCAAAAUGCAUUGCAACCUCAGAUACCCAGCAACUCUAUCCCCCAGGCUUACCUCCGAACCCAGCAACCAUUGCAGCAACUUCCUCUGAUGCAGCAGCAGCUUCAGCCAGCGCAAGCCUGGCAGCAGACCAAUGCUUGGUGGCCGGCGCAGGGCGGCGCCGCCGCCGCCGCUGCGCCGGCGAGCAUGGUGCAGCAGUCGCAGUAUGGUGUGAUACCCAACAGUAAUAACAGCGCGCAAAGCUAUGGUUCUGGGAGUGUGGGUGGAAUGGCAUGGAGACCGAGAUAGAACCUGUAAAACCUUGAAAUUUAUGCUGGUUUUACAACCUGCGAGCGUCCGUUGUAGGGUGGCUUCUCUCUUUCUCUCUUUUAGUUCAGCGAUUCAAUGUAAGCAUGAGUCAGUCGUGUACACCCGUACAGGGGAUGUAAUCUGGAUAAACUAGAGAUAGUUGUGGGUUGUAUUCAUAAUCGUAGGAAAAGAAAUUUUAAAUCUUCGUUUCGAACAAUAGCUCCUCUCUUCGAACCAAUCUGUUCGUAGACACUUCGAAUAAUUGAUUAAACGAUAAUAAUGUAAUGCAAAGCAGAAUCUGCUUGGUUUAAAUUGUCAAA